UUGGCGGUAUGUAUCAAGGCAACUUGAAAGCUCUAAUUAAUACUUCUUAUAAUUGAGAAAAAUACCUGGAAAAUAACGGCGGUGUUUAAAAGAGCUUUUAGCAAAAUGAAGGAAGCAAGAACAUCUAUGAUUGAUCUUCAUAUCGAUUCAUCUAUUUUAUCAGAUGCAGAAAAGAGAUCUAACAUUCUGAAGAGUAUUGAUGAAAUUUUGCUACCACUUUUUAUACAAAAGAAACACGAAACUGUUUUUGGUGAUACUGUAGUAUUAAUAUAUGGAAAUGAAAAUGGAAGUUUAACUUGCAUAGUGAAAACAUACCCAUUUGGUUUAAUAACUCUAACAUUUGAAGACUGCUUAGAAGAAGCAGCAUUUACAAACCCAAAAUUGGAAGAUUUGCGUAAAAGUCUACAUAACAGUUUGAAAUUCAGAACUGAAAAGAUACCUAUUGUUAAAAGAGGUUCCGAAGUACCAUUAUAUUUCACAACUGCUGAUGAGCGUUUAUUAGAAUAUGAUUUUGAUAAAGUGAUUUUCCAAGAAGAUUCUCCUUAUCAAAAUAUUAAAAUCUUACAUUCGCCUACUCUUGGAAAUUGCUUAAUUUUAGAUGAUCUACAAAACCUUGCAGAAAGUGACUUGAAUUAUACUAGAGGUGUGAUGAAGUAUGGCUCUAUUUCUUAUACUGGGAAAGAAGUUCUAAUUCUUGGUGGUGGUGAUGGUGGUUUGUUGCAUGAACUUCUUAAAGAAAAUCCAAAAUUUGUUACUAUGGUUGAUAUAGACCAAAUGGUUAUUGAUGCUUGUCGUAUACAUCUUAGAGGUUGUUGUGGUGAUUCCUUAGACAAGUUAGAGGGACCAAAUUAUAAAGUCAUUGUUGAUGAUUGUCUGAAGAAGCUUGACGAAUAUAAAGCAGAAGGCAGAAAAUUUGAUGUCAUAAUUAAUGAUUUAACUGACAUUCCAAUAGCCACUUCACCUCAAGGUGAAUUAUGGGAUUUUGUUAGGAAAAUAGUGAAUAUGUCUUUAGCAGUAUUGAAAGAUGAUGGUAGUUAUCUGAAUCAUGCUCUAGGAGAAAGCUGUAUUGAAGCUUUGAAAACAUAUGAAAACGUGCUUUCUAACUUACCAAUUAAAGUGACAUUUGAAAGUCAUUCAGCUUAUGUGCCAUCCUUCAUGGAAAACUGGGUAUUCUAUGAAGUUAAAAAGGCUUGACAGAGUGAUAUGCUGUGCAAACGUACAUACUCUAUGCACAAGAAUUCAUUUACAAUUUUCUUGCAUUUUGAAGAAAGAAAUGUUUCAAGGAAUGUUUUAUAGCAGUUAUUAUAUUUUAGGGAAAUUAAAAAUUUAUUGAACUUAUUUCAAAGUAAAUUAGAAAUUUAUCUGUUAAACAAAUGCAUUUUAUCAUAUGAAUGUGCAAAUAUAUUUGUACAAAUUUUUGAAGAAUGCAAGUUCUGGUAUUGUAUUUAUUUUGUAUGGUUGGUUGUUUAAAAGGUUGGAAAGCAGUGAGCACAAAAUUAAAUUUUGUGUAAUUCAUUGAAUUUCCUUAAUUCAUUUGUGUAAUAUUUUAUCCAUCUGAUAAAUUAUGAAAUCUCAUUUCUGUCAAAUAUUUUUGACUCAUUUUUUUCAUGCAUUAGAUAUGUUAGGCAGCAGGAGUCAAAAUAAUUAAAUAAAAUUCUUUGUUUUAUAAUUUAUUUAUUACAAUUUAUUAAAACUUUGUAGUAAUUAUUUUAGUUAUUUUGUAAUGUAAAUUUUUUUAUUAAUUUAAUAUUAGCUGUUAAAUGAGAAGCCAAAAUUUGUAUUUAAAUGAUGAAAUUUAUCUUUCUCCAUUUAUUUAAUAGAUUUGUAUUGAUAUUAAAGUAUGACUAUUUAUAGUGGUGCUAUAAUCAAUUAUGCUUACAAAAUAGGUAAAAUAAUUAUUAAUUAAUUUAUAACUUUUUCAUAGUUAAAAACUUAAGAAAGAAAAAAUAUAGAUAAAUUUGAAUUUAAAAUGAACUGAAAAAUAUUAAGAUUUUUCUAAAUCAUAUCAGUGUGACCUACAAUUAUUUUUAUGGUAACAAAGAAAUUCUUUUAAAAUAGUUAUAAUGUAAAAUAUUAGAAGUAAUAUAAGUAGUCGACACAAGUAGUACCUUAAGAAAAUAACCUAAUUCUACUUGUAUUGAAAGUUGUUCUUGAUCAUGUGAUAAGUCAUAUUUCUAUUAGUUUUAAACUUAAAAUCCUAGAACAUGAUUGGUUUAUAUGCAUGAAUACAUAUUUUUCAUAUAAAUGUAGUAAAUGUAAUGGGUUUCUUAUGCUAUAUGUAUGUAUGAAUUUCUUAUUAAUAAUUGGUAAUUAGGAUAUCAUCUAUACUAUAUAAUUCAGAAUCAGCAAUAUGCUGAAUUUCUGUUAUUGUCAUAUUUCUACGAGACAAAGAUUUUCACACAUUUUCUUCCUUCUGUAAAAUAUGGCUUUCUUGCAUGUGCCUUAUUUCCACCAAGAUGUUCAAUUUUUAUUUAUAUUAAAUGCUCAUGAAUUGCGUAGUACUGCUGUGAGUUAAGUAAUUUGUGUUUUCUUCUGUCUUUGGAACAUUUCAGAGUUGGAAAUUGCUCAUUGUAAUUUUAAUUUUGGUUUAAAAAAUACAUGUGCAAAAUUUAUUUCAUCUUCUUUUGUAUCAUUAUCAGUCAUUGUAAAUAGGUGAAGAUAAUACCAAUGAUAUGAAAUGCUGAGAACAUAAAUAAUAUUUUGUUAUGCAGCAGUAUUUUCAGAAAAGUAUGCAUAAGGUAAAAACAUUCUUGAAAAUAUUGCUAAUAAUAAAUGUUUAUAUCUGUAUUAGAAUUUAAAAAUUUAUUUAGAUUAAUAAUAGUGAGCUGUUUAUUAGUAUAUACUUCCAUUUUCUGUUUUGUAUCAUUUAAAUUGCUAACAUAAUGGAUCAUUUCAAGUCCAUUUUUUAGGACUGUGCUGAGCAAUACAUUUUCAGAUGUUGAAAAUUCUUGCAGAUCUUUCAUGUGAAUUGCUUAAAUUGAUAAAAAAUGUGCAGCAAUUUUUUCAUAUAAAAAUAUAUAUUUCAUAUUAAUGUUUCCAUAUAUUCUGGAAAUUUAUUGAUUGCUUAUCUGUUUAUUGAUUCAUGGUUAUUUUUAAAUCAGUAUUGAUCACUUAAACUAAUAAGAUACAGUACAAAGUCUUUAAUCCGGACUUGUUGGGACUUCGGCAAUUCCGGAUAAUAGAUUAUCAAUUUAAAUCUGGUAAGAUGG